ACAGUCUGGGGCCUGAGUUUGUCAGCUGAUCGGUCAGUCUCGGGUGUUGACUGAUAGAUGAUGGCCGUGCGCUUGCUUGUUUUGCUGCUGUUUGUGUUGACGUCCUGUCGGGGCUCGAUCUCGAUUCCCCCUCACGACGAAGUGGCCCGAAUGGCCCGGUACAUCGUCCAUAAGUCUGACUGGUGCUCGAUGGCCACCAUCUCCACCCAGGAAUCGAUCAAGGGGCUGCCUUUCUCCAAUGUUUUCUCGGUGAGCGAUGGGCCCUUGGAGAAGGGCACAGGUGAACCAUACCUGUACCUGACCCCGCUGGAAAUCUCGGUACACGACAUCCAGGCUAAUCCAGAAGUAUCCCUGGCUAUGACGUUAGCAGCAACAGACUACUGUAGGAAACAAAAGCUUGAUCCCCAAAGCCCACUUUGUUGUCGUGUGAUCCUCUCUGGAGAAGUUUUGGUGGUGAACAGCACAGAAAUCGGCUUUGCAAAAGAAGCUCUCUUCAGCCGUCAUCCAGGAAUGGCUGACUGGCCACAUGAACAUGGAUGGUACUUUGCCAAGCUCAACAUUACCAACAUUUGGGUCCUGGAUUACUUUGGUGGAAUUAAAACAGUAACACCACAGGAGUACUACAAAAUUAAAGCCUGAAUAUGAAAAGAAUUUAACUGAUUUCCCUCAACUGAAAACUGCUGCAUUGCUGAAAGGGAGCUUCUGCUAUUUUGAACCAGCUACAGAACUGAAUGAUAAGUGAUUCUGUAUAUUUUAUAAGAAAGUAAUGCUUGUAUUAUCUUGCAAGUUUGAAGUCAUUAUACUUCUGUAGUAUAUUCUAUAGUUCUUCUGAAGUGGGAGGUGGUGAAGAUUUAACAAAGUAUUUUUUAAUAUGUCAUAGAACUGCACAAAGAUUCUAUAUGUAAUGGGCUGGUACAAAAUUAGAUUUUUGCUAUAAACAACAAUGUAUAAAGUUGAAAACACUACAACUUGCAAUGUUUUGCAAUUUUGCAAUUAAUCAAAGGAUUAAUCUUUCCAAAUUUAUCAAAAUAACUAACUAUCUCAAAAUAAAUAUAAAUCAGAGACAAGUAUAUGGAUUCAAAAACACUGGCUAUGGUAAUGUAAUGUGUGAGGCUGGAUAUCUGCAGUUCCCAUCAUCUCUGAUACUAUGGUAAUGUUCUUUUUACAUGGUAUUGCUGGUGUUCAUUUCACUAUUGCAUGAAAAAGUAUUGUAUUUGAAACAUUUCCUA